CUUCCAUCUUGCCGCGGCUCAUUGUUUAGUCCCUCGUCAGUCGUCACUGUAUUUUCCUCUGGAUUUUACUUUUUAUUAUUAUUUUGUUUUACUUCAAAAUAUCUCAAAAAUCAAAAUUUCCAUUCAUAGAAUCCGAUAAUUGCUUUAGGGUUUUAAUUUUGGGGGUCAGCCGUAGAAAAUGUCUCAAUUCUCCUCCGCAUUCACGGCCGCCUCCUCGGUCUCACUUCCUCCUCCGUCGUUCUACGUAUCGGUUUCUAAACGCAGCUUCAUCUAUUGUUGUUCGUCGUCGCAGUCUAGAACGACCGUUGUUAAUGGGAAAUUCGAUGGUAAAAUCGUUGAUAGAGAUGAGAUUCGUUUCGGCUUGCCUAGCAAAGGUCGCAUGGCUGGUGACACUCUCGAUCUACUCAAGGAUUGUCAAUUGUCGGUUAAGCAGGUCAAUCCUAGACAGUAUGUUGCACAAAUACCUCAGCUUUCCAAUGUAGAAGUCUGGUUUCAGCGGCCCAAAGACAUUGUACGGAAAUUGUUAUCUGGAGAUUUAGAUCUUGGUAUUGUGGGGCUUGAUACUGUCAGUGAAUAUGGGCGGGGGGAUGAAGAUCUUAUCUUUGUUCAUGAUGCCCUCAAGUAUGGAGAUUGCCGUUUGUCCCUUGCAAUUCCUAAGUAUGGGAUCUUUGAGAAUAUCAAUUCACUGAAGGAGCUAGCUCAGAUGCCUCGGUGGACUAUUGAUAGACCUCUAAGAGUUGCAACUGGCUUCACUUAUCUUGGUCCUAAAUUUAUGCAAGAAAAUGGAUUGAAGCAUGUGAUAUUUUCAACUGCUGAUGGAGCCUUAGAGGCAGCUCCUGCGAUGGGAAUAGCUGAUGCAAUCCUGGACCUUGUGAGUAGCGGGACAACUCUGAGGGAAAACAACUUGAAAGAGAUUGAAGGUGGAGUUGUAUUGGAAAGCCAGGCUGUUCUAGUUGCAAGCAGAAAAGCAUUAAUCCAGCGGAAGGGAGCUCUAGACAUAACACACGAGAUACUGGAAAGAUUUGAGGCUCAUUUGAGGGCAGCUGAUCAGUUCAUGGUAACUGCAAAUAUGAGGGGCAGUAGCGCAGAGGAAGUCGCUGAGCGAGUACUGAGCCAGCCAUCAUUAUCUGGGUUGCAGGGGCCCACAGUAUCUCCAGUUCUUUGCAAGCGUGAUGGAAAAGUAGCUGCUGACUACUAUGCGAUAGUCGUAUGUGUACCCAAAAAAGCUCUAUACAAGUCUGUGCAACAGUUGAGAGCGAUUGGAGGCAGUGGAGUGCUAAUUUCACCAUUGACCUACAUUUUUGACGAAGAGACCCCAAGAUGGAGGGAACUGCUCUCGAAGCUUGGUCUUUAGUCCUUUACGAUGGAUACAUGGGUGCAUUACUUGCAUUUCAUAUCAGAAGUUUUGAAGUCGUAAGGUACCAAGGUGGAUUGGAAACUAUUUUGGUGAGAGUAAGAACCUCCAAAAGUUUUGUAUUAUAGCUUGUUUAAUUAAAAUGUCAUUCUCUUGCCCCUUCUCUUUUGUUUGUUUUUCUUUUCUGAUAGUGCAAUCCUCAUUGCAACCAUAACAAUGAUUUAGAGAAAACGUUUCCCUUUUCGAUUUUGUAUGUAUGAUUAUGGGGAAUUGUCUGUAUAGCUGCUAGUUUGCAGUUCUUAUUGAAAUGCAUAGUCACUUUAUAUA